AGGGGAGGGAAUCUCAAUAUCUCCAUGAUUCGUUGGACGAAUUUACCUGUUAUGUUAUAUUCCACGGCAGACUACAUAUAAGUAAAGACCGCUGGAAUGUGAUACAAAGACGUUCUCAACGAACGACAGGCCAAGAUCCAGCUUAUAUGGGAUGUAACGGCAAAUGAAUAGUCCAGGAUGGGCUGCCUAAAUAGAUGCUUCGAGGCUGUGUCUGGCUUCUUCAAGAGGAUUUUCACAAAGAUCGGUGUUUUCAUUGGCACCUACCCAGUUGUACUGGUAGUUGCCUCACUUUCAGUAACCCUUUGUCUCAGCUGUGGUAUGAUAACAUUGUCCAACGAGACUGACACAGAGACCCUGUACACGCCCAUUAACAGCAGAGCAUCACAAGACAGAGUUCAGUACCAGGCCACGUUCCCAGACGCCACGGGAAGCAACUACCGAGGACAUGCACUGUCAGAUCUCGGCAUGUAUGGCCGACUUGUAGUGAGCAGCUCGACAGAUGUAAAUGUACUGUCCAAUGCACCCAUGCAAGAAAUAAGGAAUCAUAUAAGCACAAUAAAAGAUAUCAGUAUUACAUAUGAUGGGGUGGUGAUCAAGUAUGAUGAUAUCUGUGCUCGACAAAACGGGAGUUGUUUUGCUUCAGGAGAGUUCCUCACAACAGAUGAUGUAUAUAAUGCUUAUCUGUCUGGUGGAAUCACCUACCCAAACUGGAAUAACAUAGACAUAUCAGCAUUUCUUGGACAGGUUAAUUAUACAGGUGGAACAGUGGUAUCAGCAAAGUACCUGAGUGUCACGUUUAAUUUACGAAUGGACUCAACGGUUAACAAGGCAAAAGCAAGAGCGUGGGAAGAAGCGUUCCUGAAGAGAGCAGCAAGUUUAAACACAACAUCUACAAGGAUAAACUAUGCUGCCUCCCAUUCCUUAGACACAGAGUUGAACAAAAACACAAACGGAGACAUCGUGUUCUUCUCUAUAACCUUCACGUUGAUGAUCACGUAUGCCACUGUCGUCGCCGGAGGUGAUGUGGUGUCAUCGAGGACGUGGGCAUCAUGGGCUGGCGUUAUGGCGGCUGGAUUUGGCAUCAUGUCAUCGUUUGGACUUGUCAGCCUUUGUGGUGUAAAGUUUGUCAAUAUCGUCGGUGUAACACCAUUUCUGAUCAUAGGUAUCGGUGUGGACGACAUGUUCCUGUUGAUGUCCAGCUGGGCGGAGACCUACCCUCACCGAGACAAGACCGUCGCCGAGAGGAUGGGAAUAACCUUUGCCUCAGCGGGUAUCGGUAUCACCAUCACGUCCCUCACUGAUCUCCUGGCCUUCUUAACUGGCGUGUCUUCUGUGUUUCUCAGUGUGAGGAACUUCUGUGUAUACACAGGAGUGGCCGUCAUCUUCUGCUACCUGUACCAGUGCCUCUUCUUCUCCCCCUGCCUUGCCAUCCAUGGCCGUCGGGUUAACAGUAACAGACACUGCAUGACCUGCCUCAAAACUAAAUCCAGAGACCAACUCAGGAACGAUGAUGCCUCUACCUGUAGAGUGUUCUGCUGUGGAGGCUCACCACCAACAGAGAGGGGACAGGAUGAACGAUUCUUUGAGACACUGCCACGAAAGUACCUGCCACAAAUGUUACUGUGUGUGGGGGGGAAGGUAAUUGUGAUUGUGCUAUUCUUGGCCUACCUCGGAGUGUCAAUAUGGGGAACAUUGAACUUUAAACAAGGUUUGAUUCUGAAGAACCUGGUCUCCACAGAUUCAUACUAUCAUUCCUAUAGUGAGAUAUAUGAUGCAUACUUCUCGAGUGCUUUCCCUGUCCCGUUUGUAUUUGGCCCAACAACAAAUUACAGAGACAAGAAUACUGUAGAUAAUAUCGAGUCUCUGAUCAAUAGUGCAAAAACAGACUCUGGAGUAGAUCAGAAUUCGUUGAUUUGCUGGUUCGAUUCUUAUAGAUCAACAACUCUUUAUGACAACAGCAGCACUACAGCUUUUAUAUCGGGAUUGAAAACAUUUUUUACAACAACCACAGUAUUUGAUAACGAUGUUGUAUUUGACGCAACUGAUACUGAUAUCAAAGCUUCCCGAUGUUAUCUUUUAUCAACAAAUAUUAAAGAAUCCAACGCUCAAGCUGAUGUUAUGGUUCGAAUGCGAGCUCUGGCAGACAACUCACCUCUCUCUGUCUACACCUUCCACCCAGCCUAUAUCUUCUUUGAGCAGUAUGUUGCUAUCCUACCCAGUACACUACAAACUGUGGGCGUGGCACUGGUCGUCAUGACUGUGGUCACCUGCAUCUUUCUUCCUCAUCCUCUUCUGGUUUUCCUUGUCGUCCUGAACAUAGUUUCUAUCCUCGUUGGCAUCUUCGGGUUCCUUUACAUCUGGGGACUGAGUCUCAGCUCAGUGACAAUGAUCCAUCUCAUCAUGUCUGUCGGCUUCUCGGUGGACUUCAGUGUGCACGUGUGCUCUGCCUAUAUGAUUGGAGAAGGAAGAAACAGGAGAGAGAAAACCGAAUCUUCCAUUGUCCAUGCAGCUGGUCCCAUAUUAAACGGCGGAAUGUCAUCCUUUCUGGGCAUUCUUGUGCUAGUGUUCUCAAAGUCCUACAUCUUCAACUCCUUCUUCAAGAUCAUGUUCACAGUGAUCCUGUUCGGCAUGCUGCAUGCUGUGUUCCUCCUCCCUGUGAUAUUGUCCAUCCUUGGCCCUGUAACCAAAACUUUCGUAAGUCCUACAAGCUCACGUCCACCGACACCUCCCCCAGAUUACCCCGUUCAGAUUCGAUUCCUAACCUUGACUCAAGAUAUCAUCGUUGUGUCAUCUGGGCCAUAUUCCGAUCUAACAGGCAUGUAACCAACUAUAUCAUAAGUCCUGCAAGCUCGCCUCCUAUAGACGACAUAUAACAAAGACCACUGGUAAUACGCAACAUUAUUACAUGUGUUCGUUUCAGGAUUGAGAAUUUUAAAAAAUUUAACACAUACACAAAAAUAAAAGACAUACACCUAAAUAUUCAUUGUCCUCCCUCUCAACACACAGAUACCUAAACUAGAAUAUUUCUGUCAAAUCCAAUGAGAUGUAAAUCCACAAUACUAGUAUUUGAGAAAGAAAUAACAUGUAUGUAUUAACCUCAGCAAUACAGAGAAAGAGUACAUACUCUCUGUUCUGAAAUAUGUUACUGUUGGUGUGCUGUGGUUUGCAAAUAAUAUGACAUUUAUACCAAUUGGGUUUCUACUGUCCCAAUAUUCAUUCAGAUAGUAUGGUCAUCUACUUAU